AUGAGCGCCCCAGCCCCUCCCGUCGUGCCUGCGCGUCCCUCCAAGAGUCCAAGCAAGGAAGCCCAGCAAGCCGUUGAGGCGCCGAUUAUUCCUGCUCGGCCUGUUAAGAAGAGUCUCGGGCAGCCCCAGCCCUCCAGCAGCGAUAGAUUUGCCCAAUCGCCUUUGCACAGCGGCUUCCAGCCCAAGGGCCAGCGCCCAACCAGCUCAUCCUCCGGCCACGACCAAUUAAGUACCCCAAAUGAGCCCAUCGAUCGACCUGGCAGCGUGUCUCUGCCCUCGCUCGGCGAGGAAGGCCGCGAAUAUGGUGCCUUGGAGAAGCAAGCCGAGACCGAGCUUGGCUCGUCCCACCAGACCCGGACCGUCGGCGACAACCUCGAGCUGCAUGCCCCCAAGCCUUCCCUCCCGCCCGGUAGCGCCAAGCAGCAGAUCAUGGCCGUCACAAGAACCGACUCGGCCAAGGCUGCUUCUCUUGGCAUAGGCAGCAAGCCUCCCAACGGAAGCGAUCGCGCGCCCUCCCGUGACCCCAAGAUUCGCCGCCCCAGCUCGACCUUUUCCACCCAUAGCGAUCACGGCAACCACACUGAUGAUGAGCAUGGCAUUCCCAAAAUUGGACAACGUGUACCCAUGAACAGUCAUCUCGGCGAUGUUCAAGCGCCUUCUCCGGCCCCGGAUGGAGGCAAGCGGCACCAUGCCCGCAAGCACUCUGCCCGUAACAUGCCUCCUGGCAGUUAUGGCUUACACGGCCAUGGCGUCGAUCCCAAGGAUAAGCUGGAGAAGGCUUACUAUGAGAAGCAUCCUGAGCUCGUCGGCAAGCACAAGAAGCAUCAUACGCAUGACCAUCGCCAGAACGACUACGCAAUGAGUAGUAACGACCUGAACCGCAUGGUUCGUGAUACCGCGAAGCGUCGUCCUACCUCUGGUCUCUAUAUUGAGGCCGUCUCUACACCUACCGACGAUGUUGCCUACUAUGCUACUGAUGAAUACGCCAACCGGAUUUGCACACCACAAGAUGCGCCGCAGUCUGAAAAGGAGAACAGCUACUUUGCCGAUGCUGGUUCAUCUUCCAAGACUACGGCCGAUGAAAAGUCGUCUGUUCUCCACGCUAUCCAUGUUGACGACUCAAAGCAUCCCGAGCACUACUCAUAUGGUGCUGAGAACCCAGAGUCUGGGGACUAUCAUGCUCCCAUUCUUGCUGAUGACGAAAUUGAUGCCGGCCCCGACGUCAGCGCUCAGAAUCCCGCGAUCCGACCCGGAUUCGAUCGUUCGCGCUCUUAUGAUGCCGACGAGCCAAAGAGACCUAGCAUUCGCCAUCCUAUCGUUGUUCACGACGGCGAAGCUGAGCGUGACUUCAACUCAACAGCCCUGGAAGACGUUGAAGAAUAUGAGCCCCUGUUUGACGAAGAAAAGAAGGAAGAGGAAAAGAAACAGGCUGCUGCUGAGAGGAGGGCAAGCCAUCACUUCCCCAGCAAGGAUAUUUGGGAAGACGCCCCAAGCAGUGUUCAUUACUCCACUGAAGUUUCAACGCCGGACAUUGAGGAACAAAACCAGCGCCCCAAGUCUAAAGCUCCGUUCUCUGAAAACAGGUCCAUCACACCUGCACAAGCGUUUGCGCAGUACCAAGAGGAGUUGGCGGAGAAAGAGGCGAAUGGGCGCGCCAACAACUUCUUGCCACUCUCUACCGAUACAAAGCCCAAGUGGAUUGAUCACCAAUCACAUCUUGGUGUCUCCAAACCCUCUAGCGCGAGGCGUUUCCCAAGCAAGGACAUUUGGGAGGACGCACCAGAAAGUCACAUCCAUGAAGCAACCUUAUCGGAGUCGGCUGUAGAGGAUGAAAGCAAACCCGAAGAUAAUGAGCCAGAGAUUCCCGCGCGACCCGCCAAGAAGGCUGCCGAAGAGUCGCGAGCUCCACCUGCUAUCCCCAGCCGACCUAAACCCUCGCAGGCCACGGGCGACGAUACCACCAAGCAACCGCCUGCAGUUUCUGAAAAGCCUAAGCCCCAAAUCCCUUCCCGUCCCGUCAAGAAGCUCUCAGGCGACUCAAAGGAUGGGGAGUCUGUCAAGCCGCCCAAGCCACCAGUGCCCAGCCGCCCCGUCGGCGGCAAGAUCGCGGCACUGCAGGCAGGCUUCAUGAGCGAUCUGAAUAAGCGCCUACAGUUUGGGCCUCAGGCUGUGAAGAAGGAGGAGCCGGAACAGGAGGAAGAAGUCGUGGAAAAGGAAAAGGUACCGCUCUCUGAUGCCAGAAAAGGUCGCGCACGGGGUCCCCAGCGCAGAGCCCCAGCAAAGGCUGUAUCGCCUGUCAAAGAGCCCUCUGCCUCUGACCUGUCCAUGUCUCGACCGCAAACCUUAUGGAGUAUCGACCCAGAAGACAGGCUGGUCGUAACCGAGCAGUUACGCGAGGUCCCUACGGAAACCACCACAGCAAGCCCAGAGUCUACGCAUGACUUGGCCAAAACAAGCAGCCACGAGUCCAGCAAUGAGAGCGGUAAAUCAAUCUCCAAAGAAGCUAGCGACGAAUCUGAAGCACCAGUGGCUACGGAGACCAGCCAAGAAUCGACCAAGUAUGCAUCUCUCGCCGCUGGUGAGCUCGGCGUCACCGCCCAGACCAACCCCGCAGAGCCCACGCCAGCCGCCGGUCUUCCAGCAGACCUGGAGAAGCCUACCGGCGCCAAGCCGGCUAUCCAGACCGUUGACGAAGUAGGUAGGGACAUAGCAAGCGCGAAGCUUUCCUCUUCCGAGGCUGUAGAGAAAGCUGCCCCGAAGAUCUACGGCCAAAGCGCUGCACAUCAGCCGGCACCAGAAGAGAAGGAUAUUGGAGACGCGCCUCUUGCCCCCGCCGAGGCCGACGAGGCUGCUUGA